ACGUCACCACCCGUCGGCAGAUCCCGCCUCUUAUCGCGUCACUUUCUCAACGCUACAGUUGUCCUCUCAGCGGAACCUUUCUGCUGAAUUGCAGUUGAACAGGAGUUAAAAAACAAACAAAAGAUGACCGACAGGAUGAUGCAAGUGGCUCGAUGCCCAACAGACGAACUGUCAUUAAGCAACUGUGCCAUCGUCAGUGAUAAGGAGCCACAGACAGAAGAACAUGUGACUGUGCAGAAUUUAGCCCACAAGUAUGUGUUCACCUUGAAGAUGCAUCACAGUGUUAUCCCCGGGACUAUUGCCUUCAGCCUGGCACAGAGGAAAUGGGCCGGCCUAUCAAUUGGACAAGAGGUUCAAGUGAGAGCCUACAAGUUUGACAAGUCCAAACAGUGUAUAAGCACCAUGAUAGCGGAAAUUGACUUCCUGCAGAAAAAGAAUGUGGACAGCAACCCCUACGAUUCGGACCUCAUGGCCAACAAGUUCAUCCAGUACUUCAACAACCAGUCCUUCAGCGUCAACCAGCAGCUGGUGUUUAGUUGCUGUGAUAAGCUGUUUGCCUUGGUGAUAAAGGAUAUUGAGGCGAUGGACCCCAGCAUCCUUAAGGGAGAUCAUGCCUCUGGCAAGAAACCAAAGAUCGACAUCGGUUUGUUGCUAGGAAACAGUCAGGUGAUUUUUGAGAAGUCAGAGAGCUCGUCUAUGACCCUGGUUGGGAAAGCCAAGACCAGAGAGUCCCGUCAGUCCAUCAUCAGCCCAGACUGGAACUUCGAGAGGAUGGGUAUUGGCGGCCUUGACAAGGAGUUUUCUGACAUCUUCCGUAGAGCCUUUGCUUCACGAGUCUUCCCUCCAGACAUUGUAGAACAGAUGGGCUGUAAGCAUGUGAAGGGAAUCCUGCUGUUCGGACCCCCAGGCUGCGGUAAAACCCUGAUGGCACGACAGAUUGGCAAGAUGCUGAAUGCCCGGGAGCCAAAGAUCGUCAACGGCCCCGAGAUUCUCAACAAGUACGUCGGGGAGUCUGAGGCCAACAUCAGGAAGCUGUUUGCAGAUGCAGAGGAGGAACAGAAGAGGCUCGGGGCGAACAGCAGCCUUCACAUCAUCAUAUUUGAUGAGAUCGACGCAAUCUGUAAGCAGCGUGGCAGCAUGGCGGGCAGCACGGGAGUCCACGACACCGUGGUAAACCAGCUGCUGUCCAAAAUAGACGGAGUGGAGCAGCUCAACAACAUCCUGGUCAUAGGUAUGACCAACAGGCCUGACCUGAUAGAUGACGCCUUGUUGAGGCCAGGAAGACUGGAGGUGAAGAUGGAGAUUGGUAAGAAGUCUCUUCCUGUCCAGGCGUUUGGUACCAAUCAGGAGGACUAUGCCAGCUACAUCAUGAACGGGAUAAUUCGAUGGGGUAACCUCGUGUCAGCGGUCCUAGAGGACGGGGAGCUGCUGGUGCAGCAGACGAAGAACAGCGAACGCACACCGCUGGUCUCUGUGCUGCUGGAGGGCCCCCCUAACAGUGGGAAAACAGCACUGGCGGCUAAGAUCUCAAAAGACUCCCAGUUCCCCUUUAUCAAGAUCUGCUCCCCCGACAAGAUGAUUGGACACUCUGAGAUUGCCAAAUGCCAAGCCAUCAAAAAGAUAUUUGAAGAUGCCUACAAGUCCCAGCUGAGCUGCGUGGUUGUUGAUGACAUUGAACGUUUGUUAGACUACGUCCCAAUUGGCCCUCGUUUCUCCAACCUGGUGUUACAAGCUUUACUGGUACUGCUGAAGAAACCUCCUCCAAAGGGUCGUAAGCUGCUCAUCAUCGGCACCACGAGCCGUAAAGACGUCCUGCAGGAAAUGGAGAUGUUGGAUGCUUUCAGCACAACCAUCCACAUUCCCAACAUCUCGAGGGGAGAGCAGCUGGUUGAAGCCCUGGAGCUGCUGGGCAGUUUUCAGGAUGUGGAGCGGGCCAGCAUAGCGAAAGCUGUGAAGGACCAAAAUCUGUGGAUCGGCAUAAAAAAGUUGCUCAUGCUGAUUGAAAUGGCCGUGCAGAUGGAGCCUGGCUACAGAGUUAGCAAGUUCCUGCGUCUACUGAAGGAUGAAGGAGCACUGGGUUCUAAUAAGUUUGUGGCAAUCUAGACUCAGUGGAGCCACAUAGUGAAACGGCAUCGCUCAACGUCGCUGAGGAACGAGAAGCCUGAAAGAGGCUGGCAGGAGGAAGCAAGCAAGAGAACGUUUCCAUCUCUCUUUCUGCAUCCUUGCCUCCCAUCCCUGAAGCCCUGUGCACUUCUCUCUGCACUGCAGCCUUCUGCAACCAGGCAACCGCCUCCUCUUCAGCACUAUGUGAACAUGUAAAAUAAGAGAAGUAAGCAGUGUUUGUGGUGUCUGUGUAUAUUGUAUUUGCAUAAGACUUGUGCCUUAAGCUCCAUGGGAUGCCCCAAGCACUCCAUCAGUGUGUGUGUUUGUGUAUGUGUAUAUAUA